AUGAGCUCUGCCAUUUCACGAAUUCGCAUUGAAUUUUACGCUUGUGUCGAAGAUUUAUUUCUUUCACAUUUCAAAACUGCUCGCGAGGUGUUGGUCCUAGCUGAAGGUGAGGAUGAGGACGGGGUGUUCAAGAAGGCUUUUAUUGCCACAGAGGUAUUUUUAGUCAACCAGACAAGAGGACUUUUUUUUGAUGCGCUGGAUCGUCUUGUACAGUUUUUCGAUUCUGACGACUUAGUCAAUGAGGUCAGAAUAGCACAGUGUGCUCGACGACUGCCGUACUUGCGUGUCGAACUAGUCACAGGCGAUAGUUUUCAACCUCGAGCCCCAUCUUUUUCUCUUCUGCUAUUUGGCAUAGCAGACCUUUUUGCGGAGAUCGAAAAGAGCAUUAAUGGCCUACCAAGGCUGGGCUGCACCAUUUUUCGAGCACAGAGGCUCGAAAACGAAAAAUUAAACAUUGUGUCGCAUGUGGAACUGGCAUCGUACCGCACCUCAAUCACCGGAGUAUUGGAGAACGCAUCAGUGGUGAUUCACAAGAUUUUAUCCUCUUAUAACAAAUUUUGCAAGAUACCGGUCCAUAACCUUUCCAUUGCAAAGAGGGGAACGUCGACAGAGGUGGUAGAACUUGUGGUGCUCGCGCGGCAAAACCUAAGCGAUGUUCGUCACGUCUCUCGGGAUGUUCUCUUCUAUGGGCGCCUCGAGAUCAACUGCCGUCCAUUGCGGUCGGAGCUGAUGCAGAAGUGGGAAAAUUAUUUGGCGGCUCUUGUGUCUGCAUUCCAAAGCACCAUAGUGAAUAUCGUCAACGAGGCAAAAACAAAGAGCCAAGCGAUUCUUGACGUGCUUCAAGGAACCCCUACGACAGUUCCCGAGCUGGAGCAGUACCUGCGCAAUACCGAAGCGGCGAAAAAUUUGGCUAACGAUUUGUGCGAAACGAGUCACAAACAGAUUGCCGACAGGGUCAGCUGUAUUGAAAAGCUGUUUAUUCCAGUCGAAGAGUAUGUAUGCCGCUCUGUCUUUGAGUUCAAAGAGCUCCCAGGCAAGCUUCACCGUCGAGUAGACAAAAGCGAUGACAUCCGAGCCAAGUGCACACCGCUGCUGAGCCGCAAGCUGGAAAAUCUACGCAGUACCAUCUAUGACUACUACCGAACUCUUUCGACAGGUGUGAAGGAGUUGUAUCACAUGUUCGAUUUGGACACUUGCGAUAUUGCAGCGCAAACCUGUACAGAGCUGCGCAAGCUAAUCGUACGGAUCGUAAACGCCCGUAAGAGUAUGGAGUAUGAAAUGAGGGUGCUAGGUCUUCCAUCCGAGGACUCGUUCGAUGAUUAUUUACCCCUCAUGAACCAUUUUGAGAUCAUUGAGCAAUUUUGGAUCACAGUGUUCGAAUCGACAAAACUGCGUGAGCUGUACCGGACACCAGUGUCCUCCGUAAAUGCUAAUGCCUUCAUAGAGCGCGCCCGGGAGUGGCGCCGGCUCAUUCACAGCACCAUCCGCAACUUGCGUGGCUACCCUGCCUUGGUUCGUCUCGGUCGCGAGCAGGAAUUGGCACUCGCCAAGUUUGAGGAGUUGGAGCUGUUUCUUGAGCUCAUCACGACGCCUGGGCUGCGCAAGAGUCACUGGCGCGACAUCGCAAAGCUGAUCUCGACACAGUUGCGGGACGAUAUCCUGCUGGUGACAAAUAUGACAGUGACAGUGAAGCGUUUGCUCGACGCCGGCUUGCUCGACCACAUUGUCCCAUUGGCGCAGAUUGUUAGUCAGGCUCGUUGCGACUACGAUGUGGAGAACGAGCUUGAGGAGAUGCGGAGCUAUGCCAAGCGCACUCACUUUGCUCUUGAAAAUUCAGCAGUCCAUGAUGACCUGAACACACCACCAUUGAAGGGGAAUCGACAUGAGAUGGUGUGCCGAAUCGAGGAGUGCAUGCUCAAGUGCCGCGCGAUGCGACGCCGACCCAACUUGGGACCAUCUGUUCUAAGGGCUGUCGACGAGUGGGUUGACGCGUGUGAGAAGAGUCGCGAGGUGCUUCUGGCGUGGGAUAAUGUGAAGAUGCGCUGGAUGAGGCUGCGUGCAUGUGUGUCCUCGCUGCGGAGUGCAGUCUCCGAGGGCAUCUGUUCCGCUGAAGAGGCACGCACCAUCACUCAAAAGCUCACAACGGCGUCAGCUGCCUUCAAGGGAAUGGGUGCAAUCUUGCGCAAGCCGCAGUUUUCUCUCUACACAGCCAUGAUGCAGGACACCAUCCAGGAUUUCCUCCUGACUAUCAAGUCAGAAGUGGAUGAUGCGGAUGAGGUACUGCGGGGUGUGACGGAGCGCCGUCGAGCACUAUUCCCGCGGUUUCGAUUCCUACCCGACUCGGAGCUCAUAGAGUUUCAAUCCGUGCAAAGCGCUCACAGUUUCGUGCAUCUAUUUCAGUAUCUUUAUCCGCGCAUUACUGAUGUAGAAGUGGUGGACAGGAUUGUGACCGCCGUUGUGGCAACGGAUGGUGCACGCUUGCCCUUGUCCUCUCCCCUGGCCCUGACGAAAGAUACCCCAGACGCUUGGAUCCAGCGUUUUGACCAUGCGGUGCGUGCCUCUCUCGUCGCCGCCGUCAAGGAGUGUGUGGCUGCGUAUUACCGAUGCAGCCUGGAAUCGUGGUUGCAGCAAUGGUGCGGUCAGGUAGCGGUGCUUGCACUGCGCAUUCUACAUACGGAAGGACUGCGGCGGGCACUAGAGCUUGCUGGGCAAAAUGGACUGAGUGCCCACAUCACCAAAGUGUCGGACCUUUGCGGCGCUAUCAGCAAGCUUGCGCGGGGUGGACACAAUAAUGACGCCCAGGGAGGGCAGUCGCGCAGCUACGAAGCUGCCGUGGCAGCCGCGCUGGCAUACGAGGAGUUCGCCCUGAGGGAGGUUCAGCUAGCAGCAGAAUGGCACGUCAACAGUGUCACCGAGCUGGAGUCCACUCGUGUCGUGCAGACUUUUUUUACACCGGCGGAGGAUGGCAUCUUCGUUCGCAUGAUGGGUGUUGAUUUUGACUACGGGUUGGAAUUCCUUGGGCACGGCAACGCGCCGAUGAUGAGUGUGGCGCAGUGGGUGCAGAUGGCACCAGUGCUCGUCGAUAUGGAACUGUCCCGCAGCCUUUCGCUUGUGCGCGCCAGCGACGACGUCGGUGCAGAGGGGGAGGUCUUAGAAGCUGCUGCGCUGCUGCUAGGGCGCUUCUUCUUUCGAGUUGAAGCCAAAGAGCAUGUGUCUAGCGAAAGACUUCAAGGUUUGCUGCGCGGGUGUAUGGAGGUUGGGGCGUUGGCGUGCCUGGUGAACUGUGAGACCGUGCCGAAGGCCGUGCUGGAGGAAGCUGUUUUGCCCAUCGCCACGGCUUCUGUCGAGCAACGCUGUUCUCCCAUCUGGCAGUUACCUUAUGAUGGAAAGGUCGGCAUGACCGCGGUUUCCGUGCAUCCGCUGUUCCGGCUGACCCUCUCUGCUGCUGCGCCGGUAGCGCUGCCCCGCAGUCUCGACCUCAUCUGCAGAGAGGUGCGCGUCGCUCCCUUUGAUGUUCAAGAAGCGCUGCAUGAUUAUCUGACCCGAACCGGAGUGGUACCAGAGAGCCCUCUGUCCGCUGAGGAGGCGGAGUUUGCCAAGCUCUACCGACAGCUGCAAGAGUUGCAUCCAACCGUCUUCACCGUGCGCCGACUGCGCAUGGUGCUUCGCGAGGCUUUCGUGAGUGAUGAUGCGCCAGAUGGAAAGGGGUCCUCGCUCAUCGGAUUGACACUGCGCGGACUAGCACCGCGCCUUCUGACUGCUCUGGGAAGUGUUUUGGCGGCUUUCUUCACUUCCACAGACGGCAGGGCAGUUCAACAGAGCCUAAAGACACAAAUUGAGAUGAGGCUACUGUUGCCGUCGUGCAAUGGUGUCGUUCCGCAGGGCUGGUGCGGCCCGCCUCUCAAAUGGACUACACACAGCGCAGCAGUGAAUGCCGUGCUCGAGCGCUUCACAUCGUUGAUGAAUGUUCACCGCCGUAUGCUCCUCGUUGGACCGCGGUUCGCAGGGAAGACGCGACUGUGGCGAGCGUGGGCUGGCUCCCAAUCGCCUCUGAUCUUCUCACCUCCUCUCAUAUCCGCAGCGGACUUUUAUGGCACCUCUACGGAACCGGGUUUUCUUUCCUUGAUCACUUCACGGAUGGCGACUUCUCAAGGCGGGGGCACUACUCCCGUGGUUGUGAUGGAGGAUGUCGGCGCAGCUCAAUCCUUUGCGCUUUUCCUGGGUUCUUGGCCGGACAGGACACGAGUCCUGGAGGGAGAGCCGCACAGCGACAACAGCGUCAUCACUAGCCCCCUGGUGCGCGUGAUCGGCACGGCGCAGAGGUUGCACCAUGUUACACCCGGAACCAUCAACAGGUUUGCGAUGAUGGCUCUCGUGGGGCCAUCUUCGUGGGUGGAAGGGAUCUCUCACACGUUGAGCUCAAUGCCGGACGCAGAGUGGGCCGCGAGGGUGCUGGAGAAGCUUUUGCCGCUACUGGUGGAACGCGCGUCGAGGGCAUCGCCGGAGCUCACAGGAAGGGCAGAUGAGGUGACAAACAUGUAUGCCAUUGCCCAACGAGCGGCAACUCUGUGCAGUCGAUGGUACGCCUAUGCACUCACGCUUCAUACACACAGAGGGGCACUGGAAUUGCAGGAGGACGAGGACGAGGUGCCGCUGCGCCUGUUCGCUGUGCGCUGUGCGGUGAUGGCGGCUACAUGGUCGGUGGGGCUCUCACUCCCCAUUGAAGAUCGAGAUGUGCUGAAACUGUUGCUCCUCGGCGCAGAGACGGACGUGAUGAAGGCGCUGGUGGACUGCGAGCUCUCCGGCGAGAUUUUUCCAGUCUUGUCGCAGGAUGGCGUUAGUCCACUCGAACAGGUCGUUCUGCCUCGUGGGUGGUUGUCGUUUGAGGAGGCCGCCACGCGCACCGACUUGCCUCUGUCGUGGUCAACGUACCACCACACUGAUCCGCAUCUCUGCACGUGGUUGCAGGUGUUUGCAACACCAUCUCGAGUGGCAACACUGCGGGCGGCGGAAUGUUUGAUUAACUGCGGUCAACACGUUCUCUUUCAUGCCGGUCCUGUGGCUGGCAAGUCGACGUUGUUGCACACUAUGAAAGCGAACGCAGCCGAUUGGGUCGCGCAAGUGUACAGUGCAAACGGCGGGAUGCAACCCACUCACAUUCAGCAGACGAUGGCGGGCAGGCUGGUGCAGCGCUGGGAUGGAUGCCACAGCCCAACUCUGGGGCGGCGCCUUGUGGUAUGCAUCGACGAUUUGCACCUGGCACCGAUGAUCGCACGCGAUGGCGACGACAAGUUGCACACUGCCUCGAUGUCUCUCGGUGGGUGCCUGGUGCGUUUCUGCGACAAGUUCCGGGCAAUCAGCACACCAAGGAGGGGGAUCAUGCCCACCGCCAACGUUGUCUUCUGCGGCUCGGUUCUACUCCAAGACAGCGCAGCGAAGCAGUGCAGCACUGGAGCUCUCAGCGGGUGUGUGGACGUGCGCUUGCCAGGGUUCGACAGUGACGAAAUCGCGCGCGGUGUGCAUCUGCUCUGCAGCUUGGCCUCUUCUCGAAAACGCACUAAGGGAUUCUCGCAAGGCUGUGCCACGUUUUUGGGUGUUGUGCAUGGAGCCUACACUCAGCUGAGACUUCGCGGCGCCGCUCUUGAGUCGCACACCGCGGUGGCUGUACCACGCCUCUCACUUGCAUCAGCCCCGUUCAUAUCCGACGUGGCGGCAUCCUCGCCUCUGGAUGGCUUGACCGCGAAUACAUCGGAGGGUCAGAACCACCGCAUUCCAUCAUUUUACUCCGAGCCCCUCCGAGAUGCUUUGCAAGCGGCAGAAGUGGUGCGACUGCAUUUGCUCAGUAACAUUUCGGAUGUGCAGGUCUCCAUCCGGAUUUUCCUUGAGGUGACAGCCUUCUACGAGGGGCAACUACGCGUGCCGUCAUCACCAAAAGCAGCGCAACACUCAGGGUCGUUACCGUUGUUGCCACCGCAGCUAAAGUCAGUAGUAGGGCCGGAGACGAAUGACGCAUCACACGCGUUGCGCGACUCUGCAGUGGAGGCCGCGGAGAGCACCAUGCGUGAGUGCGUCCGUGGCAGUGUCAGCUUCAAGGACUUGGUCCGUCAGCUUCCGACUCUCCCGGUGCCGGGCACGGUCACGGCGGAAGACGAGUCCUUCGUUGCGGACUGCAUUGCCGAGUUUCCAUACGCCUUGCAGGACGAGAGAGAGGAGGACCUUGCGACGCUGGAGGAGAGGCGUGGCCCGGUAGGUUUUGCGAGCAUCAAAGGCGUCCCAACGCGAGGGGAGACGCGGUGUGCCUCGGUACUUCUCAGUUAUUCAGACUUCCUCAGGAAAGCAGCGGUGAGGUCAGAGGGUGCACACAAGGGGGCACUGGUGCGGAGGUCAUCAAGUCUAGCCCCGCUGAGCGGUAACUCCUCGUUGCGCGGAUCUUUUGCCAUCGCACCUGGAAACUCAAGUGCCUCCAGUCUGGCGGUGGCGUAUCAAAACCACCAGCUGCAGAGACUGCGCCCCUCUACCGAUGUCCUGACAACUCCUACGUACCAGACCACGUGGCUCACCACGCGCCUUGUGUUUCUUCAAGACACUCUUUUCGUUCCCCAUGCGCAGGUCGUCUUUCUGGGAGAGAACGCGUUUGGUCUGCGCCGACUCUUCCGCCUGUGGUGCUCUAACACACAUGUGCCGCUCAUAUGGCUCCGAGUGCAUCCAGCCGCAUCCCCUGCGGAGGUGACAGCUGCCUUCCGCCAUGACCUUCGGUCUGCCAUCACGUUUAUCUGCAUGAACAGCAUCCACGCGGUCAUUUACUUUCCCCCCGAGCUGUUGAGCUUGCCGGAGGUGCUCCCAACUGUGGACCUGCUAGUGCGCAGCGGCGAUGUAUCGGGUCUGUUCUCGGACGAGGAGCGCAACUCACUGAUGCGUGGCUUUCAUGUGACUCAUCCGCGGUCACUGAAGCCGUUCAUCCUAGUCGACGACACUGCGCUACGUGACCGCCUCCGUGGCUGCUUAAACUUCGUUUUCCACCUGCGUGACGUGGCAGAGGUGGAGCGAGUGGCGGCUGCCUACCCUUUUCUACGGCAGUAUAAGACGAAGGUUCUGCCGCUGUACACGGAGGCACUGCGGACCUCGUUGGUACGCGAACUGGUGUUGUCUGUUCUUCGGAGCAGCGGCAAUGCGGAUGGUGGUUCUGAUCCCGACGGCAUCCCUACUGUCCACAGCGAAGACACUGAGGAGGACGACAAGGAGAGUGGCUGUGACGAGGGUGAUCACCCUGUGAACCUGUCGCAACGGACUGUGUGUGAGGCUCUGUGUGCCAUGUUUGCACAUGUCUCCAAAAGGCACCCAACCUCCUUGGAGCAGCUAGUGGAGUUUGCAUCACUGUACCGGGACCUGAGCUCGACGGCGUGCAUGCAGGUCUUGGAAAGCGCGAGGACGGGCACCGUCAUCAUGAGGCGCGGGGAUGAAGCAGUACAGAUGAUGAAGACUGAGGCGCAGCGUGCUCGUGCAAUCGCUGCGGAGCUGGCGGCCUCGCAGCUGCGCAUAGCCUCGCUCGCUGAGAGGCUGCGCGGCGAGGAGAACCAACACGCAGCACGAUCUCUUGAGGCACAGGAGUACUGCGACAAACUGCAGAAGAAGAGGGAGGCUCUAGACUGGCAAUGCGCGACCCUCGCUGAUGGCUUGCAGAGGGCGGAGGAACGACUAGAGAGGGCAGCGCGACAGCUGCGAAAGGCGAAGGUGAACAACAUGCGCGCACUCGCCGUUUCACAUGUGCCAGAGAAAGGCUCACUUCUUGUCCGCGGCCUGUACACGCUGCUAGGUGAAGACCUUCCAAAGCAUAACAACAACCCUCACGAGCUGUGGGGCAUCGCCAUGAGGCGGGUGUGCACAAAGGAGUUCGCGAUUGCUCUGACAGGGAUCACGCCGCUUGACGACCCGACUGGGUUGGGAACUUACCUCUUUCUGCGUCAGGAGCUCGAUGCGGUGCGUUACGCGCCGGCGCUACCGUACGCUCAACUAUUGGCAGACUUUGUAGUGGCAUGGGUGGACUGCGGGAAGUUCCGCAUCGAGGACUACGUCACUGGUACAGAGAACAUUGCGAAAGCUGAGAGGGACGUGAAGGAAGCUGAGGGGCUCUACGCGAUGCGGCUGGAGGGUUUGCAGUCCACUGAGCGGACCGUGGCGCGGACCAAGGAUGAGAUCGAUGCAGCAAGGCGCUCUACGGAAGCGUUGCAGGAGGAUCAGAAGCAGUUGGCGGGGAAGGAGGAUCGUCUGUUGAAGUACGUUGGACUUGUCGACCGCUUCUCACGAUUUCUGGGAGAGCCAGCGGAUGUAGCGGAGCGCGCGCGGUUUGCGCGCUGCGCCGCAGCGGACGCUUUGCUCGUCUCCGCCUUCUACUCGCUCCUUGUCAUGCACGACAAGGCUGUGGACACGUACGUGUCCCUGCAGCAGCUCCUCGUCGAGACGGUACAUCCCAGGCUGCAUUCCACAGGGCCGCAGGAGGCAUUCGCCUACAUGCUGUACCAGACACACGCCCCACACACUCGCGCACUAAUGCUACCUGGAAGCGAGCACUUUGCGUGGGAGUACAGAGCCCUUUUUAUGGCUCUGUUCAAGCGUAUCAUGUGGCGUUGGACUUUGAUCGGUGGAGCAACGCCACUCGUCGAGCAGGAGGUGUGCAGGUAUCUUUCUUUCUCGUGUACGGGGUGCGUCGUCUUGUCGGUGACGGAUUCGUCGGCGAAGGAGAAGGUGAUCACAGCUAUGCAAGCUGGGAAAGGUGUUCUUCUGCGUGACAUUCAUGACUCGGCAUCGCUCGAUUUCAUACGCUACCUCAACCCCCUUUACCGUCAGCUGAAGGAGCGCUGGAAAGCAGCGCUGAGCCUGCGGAAGGGGUCAACAAUCAUGGUGGCUGAGCGGUCGCCCUGGUCACCGGGUACGCUCCCUGCUUCCCGUCCCGUGGACGAGGAAGAUGUUGCGGCGCGGUCCGUCCCGUUGUUGCUGGAGGGGCGCGAGGUACUGGUACACCCUUCCUUUUAUAUGGUGUGCGCCUCCUCGCUGGCAGUGCCCGUCGAAACGCACGGGGCCUGUGACGCCAUGAACGUCUACAACCUCUGCAGUUCAAUGCCUCGCCGCCUGCACUACGAGUGUCUUCUCCGAGACGCCGUGUGCACCACGUCAGUGUCCACCAAAAUGUCCGCCAUGCGCGAGGAAGUAGUGACGCAGCAACAGGGCUACUUCAGGGUGCUGCAAGGCUUUGCACAGGCGCACGAUGCUGCUGCGGAGCUUCUCGCGGCGAACAUCGGCGACAUCCACGAUGGACUGCACGGGGACGCCCUGGUGGCAGACGCCGAUCGCGCGCUCUCCGACGUCGAGAUGUACGAGGUGAAGCUAUCCCAAACCGUCUUUUGCAUGCAGAGCUGGCAGAGGGUGGUUCAAGAUGGCUGGUGUGCGGUGCUGCCUGCCUUGGAGGCAGUAGCGAGCUUUGCCGAGCUGAUCGAAGCGAAGAAGCUGCAGCGUCCGUGGAGCGCGUUUGCGUUGGAUAGGUGCCUUGCGGCUAUUGCACACUUUCCGCCCGUGUUCAUGCGCCACUUUGCGCCGCAGACGUUCAGUGAUCUGGCACCGUCGCUCAAAUGCUACUUCGCAACAGUGAACUAUGUGCAACGCGUAGUGGAGCAACUCGCCGCCGGCUGGCCUGUGCCGGUGAGCGACAUCUUCUCGCUGCUGCUGCUCGCGUCGGCGAUGGCGGCUGCCCCAGUCGUUUUUGACACGAAGACCGACGCGCGUCUGCUGACGGCAGAGCAGACGAGAGUGCUGCAGGUGCUCCUCCGCGAUGGACCCAGUUGUGCCUUACCCAGUGCAGGAAAGGAUCAGGGGAGUGCCUCGAUCAGCUCCUCGUUCUCGCUUUUUUCGUCUGUUGGCGCAACAGGGGCGGAGCUGCGCCGCGGAGCGCUACAGCUCUAUGCCACUUCUGAGGAUGCUUUACUCCACCAUGUUGCGCAAAGAGGCAGCGCCGUGCCAGGCGAGAAGGAGCUCAGCAACGACUCGGAGGCCGAUGUAGACGAAAAUCAGUUCUACGUGACGCAGUUUUUCUCGUCCCUGGCUGAGCUACAAGUGGAGCAGGCAAACCACUACGCCGCCUCCCUCUAUAGCGCUUUCAUGGAGACCGUCACGUGUGCAGAAGGUGCAGUAUGUGUGCUGAAGUCGCCCGCGACGCCAAUCGCCGCGGAUGAGAGCGCUGCCGAACCUCCGGUGAUCAUGUCGACGGAGGUGUCGCCCCGGCGCAUUUCCCCCGCGACACGACGAGAAUCGGGCAUGAGCAGGUCCCACAGCAACAGCGGGAAGGGGAAUUCAGAGGCGGCACUGCGUGAUGCGGUAUCAGUAGGGCUGCAAAUGGAGCGGGCCGCGAGGGUGCAGCAGCCGCUUUGCCUCGUCGCUGACUCAGCACUUACAAGUGUUCUCUCGUGGUUUCGCCAUGAGGCUGUGGAAGCGAAGUUCCAUUUCGUAUGGCAGGAGUUGACUCUUUCUAUGGCGACGACAGCAGUGUUUUCGUCCGAGACGGUAUUGUUCUCCCCGGGCAGGGCACAAGCCGUCACGUUUGCGACGGUGACGCAGACCCUCAUCUCGCUGAUGAGGCAGUUCCGGUUUGCAAGGCAGGGCAGCGGUGUGUGUCUGGCGCUUGUCGUGGACACAGAUGUGGAGCGAAGCGUCAGCGAAAAAGAAGUGCGCAUCUUUAGAGAAGAGUUGCAGCGGCUACUCUCCCUCUACACCACCUUAUUGAGAUCGUCAGGUGACGGAAAAGUCGGGGCGGUUAUGUGUGUUGCAGUGAUUUGCUCGCCGGCAACGGAGCGGGUGCUGUGGAGAGGGGCCGCGGUUGCUCAAGUGACUCCGUGUUGCUAUGUCUCCUUGAGUACCAUCACCCCCCAACAGCGCCUCGUAGCGCUUCUCCAGCCGUCGCGCCGGUACUUUACUGAAGGUGGUACCGUGCAGAUUUGCGAGUCGAUUCUGCAAAGCGUGACGGCAGAGCUGGCUCAGCGCAGUAGCAGUAGUGUAACACACAUGUCCCCUUCAAAUAAUGCGACACGCGUCCGCGGACCGACCCUCGCGAAGCUGACGAUGCCCCAAAGUACCGCGCAAGCCUUGAUGUCCUUGCCACCGCUCCCGCGUUCCAUCUCAUCUGCCGCCCUCAUCGCCUUACAGAAGGUGGUGGAUGACUUGCUGCUCUGCGCUCGCCUGGUGCAUCAUGAGAUGGUGGUGAGUCACGUGGUGUCCGCCAUACGUGAGCGUAUGCGCUGCGAGGAGGACAAACGCGGCUGCUAUGUCGAUGAUCCAGCUGUACUGGUGCAACUGCAUGACCUAUUGUCUGCAUGGAUGCUGCGGAGCUACGAGGCGCUCAUCGCCGAUCUCAGCCGAUCCGCCGACGAGGAGAUGCAGGGCCCUGCGAACGACAGGGAUGCGGUGCCUGAGAGCGCUGCCAAGGCUGGCGGCGUGUCCUCGAAGAGGGCGCCCUUGCGAAGCAUACGGGAGGGCCUUCCACUUUCAUCGCAGCCCCUGGCGCAGCGCAACGCGGUGGUGCGGCAGGCCCUCCCGUACGCUCUCAAGGCCUACUACUAUUUGCGCCGCCGGCAGCCGGGGUGGCCGUUUCUUCUGGAGCGACACCUUCAAAUGACACGGCAGACUUCACGAGAAGGAUUGCCCGUCGGCGCCAACGCCAGUGCCGAGGACCUCACACAUGCUGUGCUUUCCAUCAUGACUGCAAACUCAAAGGCGGGCGACUCACUACGGUUUCACACUUCUACCAACCGUGACAACGGCCCGGGGAUUCUCCAAACGCUGAGUACCGCUGAGUCACUACCUCACUUGGAGCGAUCGCAUCAGCAUACGACGCAGCGGAGUCUGGUGGAGCGCGCGAUGAAGCAGUGGCGCACUGGGCUGUUUGCGGUAGCUCGGCAAUUCGCCUUUUUCUUCACAUCUUGCCGCCAACGCAACGACCCACUUCCAGCAGUUGAGCAACAGGCGCAGUGGACCAUGCUGCGCGCCUUGGUCGGGGCCCCAGAGGACAGCGACGGGGUCCCUUGUCUCUGGGGGCAGAACAGUGGUGACUAUUCGGGUGGAAAAACGUGGCAGACGCUUCUCCUUGAUGCGCGGCACCUUGAGCACUUCUGGCUGGAGGUCCACAUGUUCCCCUCCGACUUGAUGGAGUUGUGCGGCGAGGCGGCGGCGGCGAGGCGACUGCAGCGCAUGCGGCUGGACACCCUUUUGGAUCUGUGCUUUCCUGCCAGUGUCAGCAUCACCUACAACUCAAGCGAAGCGGCAUACAGGAUGCCCAUCGAUAUACCAAACACCUCUCCUGCCACCACGGUGGUGGAAGGUCUACGACGACUUGCACGCACGCGAGGGCAGCGAGCCAGUGACUUGGCUUCUCCUGCUGUCGUCGAAAAGGUUGUGCCGAGCUGUGUGGAAUCACCGCUUUAUUUGCCCGAGGUGUAUUCAGCAUCGCACCAAGGCGUGAUGGUGAACUUGCUGAGCUCUUUUUCCAUGGCUGCGGCGCCCCACGCGCCAGCCACGGUCGGUGAGCUGCCCACAGAGGUAUGGCUGCCAUCUCUGCGUCACCCUGUGCUCGAUCUUGAGUUUCUCACAACAGUUUUACGCCGUCCUGUGCUGCCGACCUGUGACACUGUCAGGGAGGCACCGGCAGCACACGCUACGCUGCGCGACGAUAGGCACUUCGCCGAUGGGUUUCGGGAGGAGGGCUCUCAAGACGGCCGCUAUCUUUGUGCGGACGAGAGCGAUGACAGCGCCGCUGUUAGUCGGCUCAUUUUGGUGGUGACGCAGCGCUGCUUUCUGUUGCCAUCCGACGUUGUACUUACGGGUGCCCGACUGUCUCUUUCGCUGGAGAGGCAGCUAGCGGCGCAAACGCAGUGGUCGGUGGGUCGGGAUGGCGACGAGCCUACCUCAGGACUGACGGCGGUGGUGGUGGCUCGGAGAGUGUUGGUUCGACCGUGCGUCCAGAAUGUGGGAGGCUGGUCGGAGGGGGUAGAAGCGUCCUCGCGACCAACUCCCUACGAGGUAGGGAUGUGGAUGUGGCCGACAAGUCCACCGUGUGGCACAGCCCAUUGCAGUUCGCAGCUGCGAUGGUGCGCCGUCACGUGGUCAUGCCUACCGGCGGACGCGCUCCUGUGGGACACCACGGCCGUGUGCCGCCCCACCACGACACCCGUCACUCACGACUCGCCCACGACGCCAGAGCUGCCGCGGCGCCGAGAGGGCGCUUCAUACAACACGUUCGUCACGGAGACAGAGGAGUUGGAAAGUGUAGCGACAUCGACGCAGGUGGGCCUCGACGCACCUCGUGCAUGGAGCGUUACCGAGGUGCCCGUUCCUGUACGGUGGCAUCCUUUCUCAGACGACUCGAGUGGGCAUGUCAUUGGGAAAGCUGCUGUCAUGUUAGAGCUGUACCUCUGCGUUGAGUACAAACCACUGGCGACGCACAACUUUAGUUUCGGUGCCGAUACCUCGAACAGCCUCCCAUCCUCGUCACCGAUGACUUCCGCUACUGGCGCCUGUUCCUCCUGUGUCACCCGAUGGGUCUGGGACACAUUGUACCUUCACGAGACUCUUGACGCCUACAUCUGGAUCGAGUGA